GGAAGACAAGCAGCAAAUCAGAGUGCUUAGUGGCUUCGGUAGCACCCUCCUAUGUAAUGUCAGCACAGCAUGCCUUUUAUCACCGCACCAGACUGCGUGAGAAGUGUGAGGAAGGAAAAGAAGAUGCAGCAGUAAAUUCAAACAGUAGAGAAGACCUCCCAGCCUUUACUCUUCAUUUUUAGCCGAGAACUUGUGGCUUAGAUGGUUUAACUUCUGAGUGAUGAACCAUGUACCUCCAAAGUGGAAGAAGAAGCAGACCGCCAAGAAGAAAAAGAAGGGAUUUGUACCCCUGCUCAACAUAGGGAGAUGGCAAGAUUGUACAAAGGAGCUCUGAAGCAACAGAAGGAAGAGAGAGAGGAGAUGGAUGUUUAAUGGAGCCCUGUUUUUUUUUCGAAGCACAGUGUUCAAAGUGAAGAGAGCAACUUACUGAUCAGGUUGUCUGUCUCAGUGCCUCUUAGUCAGCUUACAACAGACAUCCCUAACCCUUGUCACUCUUCCUUUUCUCUUAGUUAUCCAUGUCUGAUAACCUCUCUUUUUUCCUCUUCACCUCUUUCACUAUCAUUCAUUCUCUCCAAUUCUUUCUCUGCUCAUUUUUUGAGCUCUUUACUUUUAUGUUACCCACAUCUAAAUAUCUUACCCUCCAUCCUUCUCCUCCUUCUCUCUCCCUCCCUCUCCUUCUCUUGCUUUGUCUCCCUGUUUCUCUCCCGCUCUCUCUCUCGCUCUCUCUCGCUCUCUCACUCUCUGUGAGGAGGGAGAAGAGCAUCAACGGCCGAGCCACAGUUACAGCACAUGCAACAGGGUGCAGACAGCACCUUCUGUUUCGCUGCCUCUCCUCUCUGACUCUCUCAUCCCUCCCAGAGGACAGCUGCAGGGGAGAAAAGAAGAAGAGAAGUGCAGCUGAGCAGGUGAAGAUCUAUCCAUCAAAACAUCAGAGGAGGAAAAAGGUAAAAGUUACAGGGAGAAAGGAGAAGAACAAUUCUAUUGCACUCUUUCAGAGAAGAAAAGACAACUUAGAGAAAGAGAAGAGGCAAAGACUGCACAAACCAGGGAAGUUCAGUUGGAAGCAGAGUUGAGAAAGAAGUAAAGAUGCCACCUGUGGCACAAGUUUGAUUAUAGACCAGCCUCCUUGACUCAGCGUUGGUGAACUGCUUUCCACACUUCUACCACCCAUUUUUUUUUAACACCUAUGGCUUCCAAGAAAAAGUGGACUGAACGGAGGGAGUUGCGCAGGGACCGGCCUUUCUCCACCCGGGAUGAUUCAUCUGUUGCAUCUGGGACAUCUGGGCCAGGGCGUCCUACCACCAGGGGGCGCUUCUCAGAGUCGUGGAAGAGGCUGAGCUCCAGAGGGGGGUCCACCAAGCGAGGGGGGCUCAACUCUCAGCAGCCACCGGCACAGAAAUCGUGGAUAGAAAGAGCGUUCAGCAAGAGAGAAUGUGUUCAUAUCAUAGUGAGCGCCAAAGACCCCAUAGGUAAGUGCUGUUGUGGUCGCUUGAUAGGUCAACAUGUGGGCCUCCCCCCGGGAAUCUCAUCCAGUCAGAAUGAUAAGGCGGAGCGUUUGGCCAAGAAUGACAGCCUGUCGGAGAAAUGGUCGAUCAGCAAACACACCCAGCUCAGCCCCACCGACGCCUUCGGUACCAUCGAGUUCCAGGGAGGAGGACACUCCAACAAAGCCAUGUAUGUGCGGGUGUCUUAUGACACCAAGCCUGACCUGCUGCUCCACCUGAUGACCAAGGAGUGGCAGCUGGAUCUGCCCAAGCUGCUCAUCUCAGUCCACGGAGGCCUGCAGAACUUUGAACUGCAGCCCAAACUCAAACAGGUUUUUGGCAAAGGGCUCAUCAAGGCUGCCAUGACAACAGGAGCCUGGAUCUUUACAGGAGGGGUCAACACAGGGGUGAUUCGCCAUGUGGGUGAUGCAUUGAAAGACCACGCAUCCAAGUCCAGGGGAAAGAUCUGCACCAUUGGCAUCGCUCCAUGGGGCAUCGUAGAAAAUCAAGAGGACCUUGUUGGCAAAGAUGUGGUGCGUCCAUACCAGACCAUGUCCAACCCUAUGAGCAAGCUGACGGUUCUUAACAGUCUCCACUCCCACUUCAUCCUGGCAGACAAUGGCACCACGGGAAAGUACGGCGCUGAGGUGAAACUGCGACGGCAGCUGGAGAAACACAUCUCCCUGCAGAAAAUCAACACACGCAUUGGUCAGGGAGUGCCGGUGGUGGCUCUGAUCGUAGAAGGGGGCCCGAAUGUGAUCUCCAUAGUGCUGGAAUACCUCAGGGACACGCCUCCUGUCCCUGUGGUGGUGUGUGAUGGCAGCGGCAGGGCCUCAGACAUCUUGGCCUUCGGACACAAGUACUCUGAGGAGGGAGGCAUUAUUAAUGAGUCUCUAAGAGACCAGUUGCUGGUGACCAUUCAGAAGACUUUCACCUACAGCCGCACACAGGCCCAACAUCUGUUCAUCAUCCUCAUGGAGUGCAUGAAGAAGAAGGAGCUGAUAACAGUUUUCCGGAUGGGGUCUGAGGGUCAUCAGGACAUUGACCUUGCCAUCCUGACUGCACUACUAAAAGGUGCCAAUGCUUCAGCUCCUGACCAGCUGAGCUUGGCUCUGGCGUGGAACAGAGUGGACAUUGCCCGCAGUCAGAUCUUCAUCUACGGACAGCAGUGGCCCGUCGGUUCCCUGGAGCAGGCAAUGCUGGAUGCCUUAGUUCUGGACAGAGUGGACUUUGUUAAGCUGCUGAUUGAAAAUGGUGUCAGUAUGCAUCGUUUCCUCACUCUCUCCAGGCUGGAAGAGCUUUACAACACGAGACAUGGACCGUCCAACACGCUGUACCAUCUUGUCAGAGAUGUCAAAAAGGGAAACCUGCCACCAGACUACCGCAUCAGUCUCAUCGACAUCGGACUGGUCAUCGAAUACCUCAUGGGCGGGGCUUAUCGCUGCAACUACACCAGGAAGAGAUUCAGAACUCUGUACCACAACCUUUUUGGACCUAAAAGGCCCAAAGCCUUGAAACUGCUGGGGAUGGAGGACGACAUGCCAAUCCGCAGGGGACGCCAGAAGACAACCCGUAAACGAGAGGAGGAGGUGGACAUUGACUUGGAUGACCCUGAAAUUAACCACUUCCCUUUCCCCUUCCAUGAGCUUAUGGUGUGGGCCGUGCUCAUGAAACGCCAGAAAAUGGCGUUGUUCUUCUGGCAGCAUGGCGAGGAGGCCAUGGCCAAGGCAUUGGUGGCGUGUAAGCUUUGUAAGGCGAUGGCACACGAAGCCUCAGAGAACGACAUGGUGGAUGACAUCUCUCAGGAGCUUAACCACAACUCCAGAGAGUUCGGCCAGCUGGCAGUGGAACUCUUAGACCAGUCCUAUAAACAGGACGAGCAGAUGGCCAUGAAGCUCCUGACGUAUGAGCUGAAGAACUGGAGCAACGCCACCUGCCUGCAGCUGGCUGUAGCAGCAAAACACAGAGAUUUCAUCGCGCACACCUGCAGUCAGAUGCUGCUGACAGACAUGUGGAUGGGACGCCUGCGCAUGCGCAAGAACUCAGGCCUGAAGGUGAUCUUAGGGCUGCUUCUGCCACCGUCCAUCCUGAGCCUGGAGUUCAAGAACAAAGAUGAGAUGUCCUACAUGCCACAAGAUCAGGAGGCGUACCUGCAGGAGAAAGAGGAGGAGGAGCCAGAGAAACCAGUCAAGGAGAAAGAGGAGGAAGACAUGGAGUUCACAGUAAGAUCUUACUGUGAGACGCAGUACAACUCCGUGGCAAUGCUGGGUAAGGUAACCACAGAGACAUCAAGAAAGAAGGACGUUGAGGAGGUUCAAAACCGCCACCGCCUCAUACCCAUGGGACGCAAGAUAUACGAGUUCUACAACGCUCCAAUUGUCAAGUUCUGGUUCCAUACGAUGGCUUACGUAGGCUAUCUGAUGUUGUUCAACUACAUUGUCCUGGUCAAGAUGGACCUGUGGCCUUCUCCUCAGGAGUGGAUUGUCAUCGCUUACAUCUUCACCAACGGCAUCGAGAAGAUGAGAGAGAUCCUGAUGUCAGAGCCGGGGAAGUUGUUACAGAAGGUGAAGGUGUGGCUUCAGGAGUACUGGAACAUCACAGACCUCAUGGCUAUCCUCAUAUUUUCUGUGGGCAUGGUUCUGCGUCUCCAGGAGCCGCCACUCAUGAGUUACGGGCGGGUCAUCUACUGCGUCAACAUCAUCUAUUGGUAUAUCCGGCUGCUGGACAUCUUUGGGGUCAACAAGUACCUGGGUCCUUAUGUGAUGAUGAUCGGCAAGAUGAUGAUCGACAUGAUGUAUUUUGUGAUCAUCAUGUUGGUGGUGCUGAUGAGUUUUGGGGUGGCGCGUCAGGCCAUCCUCAACCCGAAUGAAGACCCAUCCUGGAUGCUGGCAAGGAACAUCUUUUUUAUGCCUUACUGGAUGAUCUAUGGAGAGGUGUUUGCCGACCAGAUUGACCCCCCCUGUGGGCAGAACAUCACUACAGAGGAUGGGGUAGUGGCCCUGCCUCCCUGUAAGACGGGUGCCUGGAUUGUCCCUGCCAUUAUGGCCUGCUAUCUGCUCGUCGCCAACAUCCUGCUGGUCAACCUCCUCAUAGCUGUGUUCAAUAAUACUUUCUUCGAGGUGAAGUCCAUCUCCAAUCAGGUCUGGAAGUUCCAGCGGUACCAACUUAUUAUGACCUUCCAUGAGCGCCCAGUCCUUCCUCCUCCCCUCAUCAUCUUCAGUCACAUAACCAUGGUCCUCAAACAUCUGUGUUGUCGCUGGCGCAAGCAUGACGACGACGAGCGGGACUAUGGGCUGAAACUUUUCAUCACUGAGGAUGAGCUGAAGAAAGUCCAUGACUUUGAGGAGCAGUGCAUAGAAGAGUACUUCAGGGAGAAAGAUGACCGUUUCCAUUCCUCCAAUGAUGAGAGGAUCAGAGUCACUUCUGAAAGGGUGGAGAAUAUGGCAAUGCGUCUGGAGGAAGUAAAUGAAAGGGAACACUUCAUGAAGGCCUCACUGCAGACUGUUGACAUCCGUCUUGCCCAAAUGGAAGAGCUGAUUGGUCGAAUUGCUGUGGCGCUGGAGCGUGUGACCGGUGUCGAGCGUGGGGAGGUCAACAAAGCACGAUCCCGGACUUCUUCUGACUGCACAGACUCAGCUUACAUACUCCGCCAGACUGAGUGUGCAGAGGCGGCAUACAUCCUUCGUCAAAGCAGCUUUAACAGCACAGAAGGAAAUGCCUACCGCCUGCAGGAGGCGCUAGAGGGAACAGCUGAGGGCUCCAUGUCCCCUCCCUCUCCUACCACCUUAGCUACACGAACAAGGAGCCACUCUUUUUAUGUCGGAGGUGGUCGUGGUGGUGAACGCGCAAGUGGAACUGAAAGAGCUGAGAGCUUCUUCAAAGAGCGCUCCCUAAGUCUCCACCGGGCCAACAGUUCACAAUCAGUGUCCUCAGCCGCUGCCACCAAGGAGUCUAAGCCCCUCCCUCUGGCUACGCUGUCCGUCUCCCAGCAGCACCGUCCAUCAUCAUGCAUUGAUAUCUAUGUCUCUACAUCUGAGGAGGUUGGGCCUGCAGAGGUUUUUCUGGAUCCUCUCCGUGUGGUCCCACAGCUCCAGAGAGAUUCCUCACUGCAGUCAGAUAUCAUGGAGACGGUGCUGCCGGGAGGCCGGGACUUCAGCAGCGCCGCCACCAGCGGUAUGGGCGACAGACACUCGGACGGCGGUGCAGGCAGCAGUGGAACAGCUGGAGCCAUGUUUGAAGACAGUGCUGCAGCUGAUUUGUCAUUGUGCUCUGCCCACCUCUUACCAGACACCACUUUACCUCCUUGGGACAUGGAACCAUCCCCACCUCCCUCCGCUGGACUCCUCGAACGCUCCAAGAGCAGCCGCUACCUCUCCACAGCAGGCACAGGGUUCCUGGAUGAGCCUCCUCUUGUCAAGUCCCACAGCCUCAUGUUCACCCCGCGAGGUUGUUACGGUGGCCUAGGGGCAGGAGUCCAGGUGAAAGCUGCAGAGUACACCAGCAUCACAGACUGCAUCGACACACGCUGUGUGUCAGCUCCAUACACACCUGUAGAACGCUCUCAUUCCCCUGGAUCCACCUCAUUCCCCUUUGAUAAACCCCUAGACAUUAGCUCUGCCUCUCACCCAGAGAGAGAGGCAGAGCUUAGUCAUACCGAAUCAGAUCCAGAGGACCCUGAGGACUUGAUCCCAGCCCCUGAUACCCCUCGUCUAGGGGGCCUUAGUGGGCCCAGUGGGGCCCCUCUCUGCUCCCCUUUCUCUAGGCUGGAGCGAGCAAACAGCUGCUCUUCAGAUGACUCCCAUCCUUCCCUCACGCUGGCUCCUCCGCACCGGAAGAGCCUGUCAGUGAGUGAGAGGAUGGAGAGGGGACCGAGUCUGGGGGCAGACAGGGGACCUGGGCCAGGGGGCCGGGGUCUGGCAGGAACCAGAAACCCUUUCCUCAGGAGCAAGUCUGGAGCGCGGCCUGAAACAGCAAAGACUGACAGCCUCUCCAUGAGAAAGCUGGCCACACCGUCAGCUUUUCGCAGCUUUGAUAGACAGAACUACACGUGACAAGAACAGAGGUCAGCACACACACACACUGACAGGACCGGAGAGAGAAACUAAGAGGGUUGUGGGUUGAAGUAAAAACAGGAGGAAGUUGCCCAUAGAUGCUGAUUUGGGUUAGACCUAAAGUUUCUCACUUGUGUAAUGCUUGGAAAUUUAAAGGUUUAUUCAAAGUCAGCAUUUGUGGACAACUUUGACGUAAAUCAUAGGUUGGGGAAGGGGAAGGUUGGGUGGUAGAUGAUGGGGUCCUACUGUACACCAGUCAAAAACAAAGAGCUAUGAAUUUAGAUUAGUUUUUACCUCCUCUUGUAGCUGAAUAACUCUCAGUGAGGUGUCAUGGCAGUGGAAGGUGUGUUUGUUCUGUAUGUCUUCCAUCCACCACCUUUACAUCAAGUAGACAUUUGUCAGUUAUCCCACCACAUAUCAGUCACGUUAGUCAGAGAAAGUAAACUGUUACCUCUAGCUUUAUUUUAUCGUAUAAGCUUUUAAGUCCAAGAGACUCCAAGAGAGAAGAAAAAGACAGCCACCUCAUCUUGUCCUUUUUCUUAGCAUAGUCAGUACUGUCACUUCAAAUACAUUUUCCUCUGUUCAUAUGAUCCUAACUCCACUCUGUGAGACCCAAGCAAGAGAAAACAGACCAUUUCUGUCUGCUUAAUAAAUAACCACUAAAGGUUUUGGAACCAUUGAGAGCUGUAUUCCUCUUUUGGCUGCACAGGAAAUAAUUGCAGUAACAUGGCAACAGGUUACCUCUGGAUACUCUUAAACACAUGAAAAAAAAAAAAAACAUCUCUUUUUUUUUACAGCAUAUCAAAUUUGCCUUUCUAUGUCUCGGGUUUGUAGCUUUAUUUAUUGACAUAACUGUUAUUACUUUUUUCGUUGUCAGUUUAGCUAGAAAAAGAAAGAAGUGUCUGAACACAAUCCAGUCAAAAGGUCAGGAAUCAAGUCACAUUUUGUUCCUAUUAUGACUGUUAAAUGGAACAGUAAACACUGGAUAUAACUGGCCUCGUGUAGAGAAAAGAUGUAGUAAAUGUGACAUGAAGACUAGCAGGCGUCAGAAUGCAGUCCUCCACAGCUUAACUGUAGGGCAGUGAACCUGUAACAGGAACACAAAUCAUCAGAGUCUUUAACUUUAUGCAUUUGAAAGUACACAUGCAUGGUUGCACUCAUGCACAGUCUGAAGUCUUUCAUUAAAAAUGAACAUUAUUUCAGGCCAGAUCACUGAGAGCGCCAUAAAGUGCAAUUGUAAAAAUCUGGGACAGGAGGGCGCUGUUGGUCAAUUUUAGAAGUUCCCUGAGUGCUCCUGAUGUGAACCUCCUUUGUCUGCACCUAACACCAAAAAUUUGUACUUUCCAUGAGCCUUUGAUAUUAUUUCCCCUAGCUCUCCUCUUUCAGGGUUUGGCAGUGGCAUUAUUUGUAAUGGUUCUAUAUCCACCUCAAUCUAAUGGAUCCGUCCUUCAUCUAUUCCAUAACUGUCAAUCAUGAGCUUUUCUCCUUUAUUUCUGGAACUGCUUCAAAUCACGCAGCUGCAAAGGCAGAUUUUAAAAAGGAAACAACUAUUAAUUACCACGCCCAUCAAAAAUCAUAUUCAAUGCAGAGGCAAUUGUUUUCCUGCGUUUUAUGCACUAUAGCUGAGACAUAAGAAAAACCUGCAUUUUCUGUGACAUGGAGGGGAAACAUGGGAUUGUUAUAGUUAAACAAUGAAAGCCAGAUCAGUGUUUGAGAAAUUUCUACUUCUUUUUUUAUUCUAAUGGAAAGAGUAGGGUCAGACAUCCUUCUCUGAUAGCCUUGUAAAAAUAAGAUAGGAGAAAUGAAUACUGAUUUUUUUUAUGUUUGUUUUAUAUCUCCUCACUAUAUCAAUUCAGUUGAAUCAUGUUGCAUUUAUUUUGAGAUUGAUUCUGUUUGUUGACAUUUUCUUGCUCAUUAUUGAUAAAUGCAGUAAAUGCCUGUUUGAAUUAUGAAAUCAAUAUUUAUAUCUUCUCAGUGAUAUUUUGUCAAAUUUUAAGUAUUUUCUAAUCAAGCUUUUAAAUUGCAUAAAGAAGACCAUCAACAUGCACUAAAUGCUGAUGUAUUAUAUUAUUUAUUAACUAUAGAACUGUCUGAUAUCCUGUACAUUUCAAUCAUAUUUAAAGUAUUUAAAGUAGCUUUUAUUCUAUGUUUAUCAAGCAGCUUAUGAGAAUUUUCUAAUGUAAAGUUGACGUGGCAGCACACUGUUGUCAGUAAACCAAACUUAGGGUGCCUUUUGGCAUGUAUGGAGUAUGUGGGGACUGAAGUGAAAUAAAUCUGUGAAUUUUUCCUAUUUUUCUCUCAUUAUAGAGCCCCAAUAUCUGUGAUUAUUUUUUAAACAUAUGGCUUUGCAUACAUUCAUAGAUUUUUGUUAUUGUCUCUGAUGGAUCAAGUAGGGGAAGUAUUGUUAUAUGGAGGCUGUAUCAUUGUUUGUUUUGGACAUUUUUAUUUGAGUUUACCAAAAUUAUAAAAAAAGAUAUAAUGAUGAAUUAUAUAUUUUAAAGAUAAAAAAUGUAUUUGCACAUGAUACUUGGACAUAAAGACGGGGAUAAAGCGUGGCCCUAGAUAUUA